UAACGAAAUUGCAGUAUGGGGUGUGAAGCGCUGAGAGCUUCUUAACGGCCUUUUUUCCCAGCUAUACAACAGAAGGGCCACGUGAUCUCCGCGCAGCCAAUCGGGGCUCAGCAAGUUGACGUUGCCGACUUCGUCUCUCCGCGCCGCCGAGGUUCAAAUGCGAGUUAGCGGUCGGUUGUUCCUAUCGUGGUCGUGCUUUUCUGUCCCUUUCUGGCUGCUCGACAGCGUCCGAAUGGGAAGAAAAUCUCGAGUAACGAACGCUCGAUUUUUAUCGACGCGUUGAAGCUCGACCGUACGCCGUGCAGUGCAGUCAGAGAAGUGGCGUGGGCCUGCUGCCAACAGGAUGAACCCUGGCCAACAGGUGCCAAGCAUCGAGCACUGUUAUUGGCUUCAUGGAUGUGCUGGGGGCUUUGCUCACUCUCCUCCUGUCCAGCUCAUGCACUGCUGUACCGCUGCCACUGAAGCCAACAUUAGAAGCCCUCUCCACUGACCAUCAGGGGUUGAGCUUGCCAGAAGCAGGACAACCAAUCAACACCAGUGCGGAUGGCAGCCUGUCAACAUUCACUCCACCGGCACCGACAGAAACGACAAAGUUAGCUAAUGAUGCUUUCUUGCAGAGUUCUGUGGACAUCACAACUGCCGAGCCCCACCACCACACUUCGAUAUUCCCUGUCCCCAGCAUGUCUGUAAAGAACACUAUGGGGGACACCGUUUUGUCAACUGCAAAGAUGAUAGGUAGUGAAGAUGUUGUGAGUGCAUCAAAAAACAAGGAAUCCACGGUGGUGGAAACACUCUCCUAUCUGCAAACUACUACACAAGCCUCUUUGGAAUUGGAUGUGCUUGAUUAUGAACUAAGCUCGCUCAAGAACAAGUCAGCGGAUAGACAGGUGACCACAUACUCUGGAAGCAUGCUGUCGGCCUGGGUUGAUGUGACAACUGCACUUCCUGAUCCAACUGGGAAAAAGCUGCUGAAGCCAACCGGUGACCCUACACUGAGUAAGUCAUCAGUUGUAAGUGUGUAUAAAGCACCCACAUCGCCGUAUGUUGUUGGUGAAAAGGAGGCAACUACACCAAUGUCAUUUACAGUUCCUAAGGUUACCAGUCGUAACCAAGCUAAUAACAAAGACCUGCAUGUUUUAGUGGAAGGACCAACCACUGAAGAGCUUACAAGUCAAGUUCCACCAACUGCAAAUCCUAAUGUAACAACUCAUGACUACUUUGGAGUACAAAGCCUGAUGUGGCCUACUGCAGUGAAUAUUGCAUUUGCUGUGAAUUCUCAUACACUAAACGUUACAACCACAGAGUCAAUUCAAGCAACCACAGUGUUGUCCAGCACUCUCCCACCUCAGAACAAUGAGGAUUUCGUGCAAACUUCAGCACCUACAGCAAUAAACAUUAGUGUGGAGCAUGAAUCUGAAAGCAAUGAAGACGUAGAUGUUGAACGUCAGUUAGAGAGUCUUGUGUCGUCGCCAAGUCCAACAACAAGACCUUUCACUGCCCAAAGUCAGAUCAUCCAGCCUUCAACCACAGAUUCUUCAUUCUCAUCAAGUGCUGACUUGGUUGAAGUUGCAACCAAGCAAAACAACACAUUAAAUGAGAGCUCUGUAUACCAUCUGGUGACCAGCACACCACAAACCAAGGAAGACGGAGGCAACAUGCCACUAACAACAUCGAGUGACCCAGUGAACUGCACAUCAGUGUUUUGCACAGCUGAACAAAUGCCACACUCACUAACGGACUCUCCUGAUAUAGGCACUAUGGUUAAACACAGUGCUACAUUUCAGGUGAAUACAAGCCAAAAUGCAGAUGAUGAUGCAUCUUUGAGCAUUGUGCUACCUCUUGAGAAUAUAGAACCAAGUGCCACUGCUGUCACAGUGUCUGAACCUAUCCUGGAAUUGAGCACAGACUCCCUGGAACACACUGAAAUUGACAACUCGUCAGUGGUGAGUUUUGCUCUGGAAACUGGUAAUGUGACACUAGCCAAGACGACAAGCAUGCCACCCAUGUUGGUUGGCACAUCAACAACGGUUAACUCGAGUGAAGUAUCAAUGAAUCCACAGAAUCAGUCAGAUUCAACUAGCAUGCUGACACAGUAUGUCAAGAUGUCCACAGAGGCUACUGACUAUGGGCAGAAAGCAUUCCAAACAAUGCCGUCAGAAGACAGCAUAUCAACUGUUGCAGAGACUACAACAUACAGUUUUUUUGAUACUAUGCUCACAUCACCAUCCUCUCAUCAUAGAGACACAUUUCCUUUGGCAGGUGACCACGACACAUCGACUCUAAAUUAUGACAGAGAAAGUGCCACGGAGCUGACACCAUUGCAAGCCAUGAAAAAUGAAACAGUAAUGGAUAGACUACUUCCUGCUGCACCAAGUACUGCAGUAGACUCAGUAUUAAGUACAACAUUUUUGGGAGACAGUGUGGCUAACUCUGAUGAUUUUAAAAUGCCAAAUACAACUAGCAUUGUUGAACAUGAUGAGAUGCUGAGUUCAGUAGGCACAGGUGACCCUGCAGAAAUACCAAGAAUGAUUUCAGGCACUACUGCUGCACAAGUAGAGGGGCAGCAAGUGUUGCCAGCACUAACACAUGCUCCCGAUGAAAGCCUGCCGACACAACUGUUUGUGAGUGAACCAACAGAACGUUUUACACUUUGGAAGGAAAGUUAUACUGCUAGUGAGAAGCUUCAAACAACUCAAGCUUUAAGUGCUGUCACACAAAGCAGUGUGUCGUCUGAUUUCUCAUACGCUUCAAGAGAUGAACUCACUAGUGUUGUUUUGGAAGUAACAACUACGCUAUCCACAAACCAAGGCAGUUCAGAGAAGAGCGAGCCAGUUUCACCACAUACUCCAGCUCGUACAAGCGACAUCACUCCGGUAGAAAAGGUGACGUCACCACACGUGGAGCAGAGUACCUCAGAGAAGAGCAUUGUUUCCGUAACUGUGCCUUCUGAAGAGAGAACGGUGAUGCCAAGGCAUGGAACCUCGGAAGGCAGCACUUUGGCUGUGCUUUCCACUCAAGCGCCUGCCAUAUCAAGUUCAGAACAGACAGUGAAAGGCACACUGCCAACCUGUGUGCCCUUGGAGCCGCCGCGGAGUCCAACGCACGAGUUCCGGCUGGUGUUCAACACUUUGGCUGAGUUCUCCUGGGAGCAGGUGGAGGCCCUCGAGAGACGUAUCCAGUACUUUUCCAACGACAGCGCUUGCCCCCGCCGCUUUGCACGCACUGCGUUUGCCCUUGGGCCCCCGCACGUGCUCAGCUGGACUGACCCAUCGGCCAACGCAAGCUGGUGCGAUCGCGCUGCCGUAGACUUCCUGCUACAUGCCAUGCGUGCCAACACUGGCCACCCUACGCCCGAAGUGACAAGGGCUUUCUACCCAGAGUUUAAGGUUGUCGCUGUUGAGCUUCGUUACCGUGGUGCGUGUGCAGACCGCCGGGGCACUGCACCAUUUCCAAUCGCGGCUACAGCCAUUGGCAUUGCCCUCGCUGCAUCACUUGUGGCUGGCUUGGUCCUCUGGCGGGCACUGCGACUCGCACCCCCGCGGUCACGCAAGCUCACUGUCACUGGCAGGUCCUCCACAGCCCAACAGCAGCCACCUCGUGACUCGUUUGAUCUGAAGCAGCGUCGGCCCGCACUCCUUCCGGGAGAGAACAAGGCACUGGCCGGCGGCACCAAUGGCACCCCAAGCAAGAGUCCGCACACUAAGCCUAACCCCCCGUUUGUGGUCGACACGGAUUUCUGUUACAUCAAUCCCAACUUCCUGGAGGUUGUGAAGCCCUCGCCGCCACCACCGCCGCCCUACCGGAGGUCGCUUGAGAGGCGGGUGCGCAGUCUUGAGGCCGUGCCCCCUGCUCCACCCCCAAGGCCACUGCACGGUCCCCGCUCGACUCUUGGGAACCGCAGUAAGAGCCAACCGCCGGCGGAGCAGGACGAAGGAAACUGCACGUCGUCCAGUUCUGGGGUCGAGUCGGACGCACAACCGUCUGGGGAGGCCAAGUCCAAUGAGAGCAGCUGAAGGCAGUAGGGCCUUAAAUGAUGGCACAACAACAUUUCAGGCAAAUUCCACAGGCUGUAUUUCAUGUGAAUCAUUUGAUUUUUCUCUCUUUGCCCUUCCUCAUUGGCUCGAACGCCACUGGCCCCAGCUUUCUCUUUGCACUACCAUUUAGAAUGAUUGUAUUGCUGUUGAGUUUGACGUACCACUUUGUGAUUUUUCUUGGUGGAUACAAAAUGAGUUGGCAAGAAAUUGUCCAAUACCAAUAGUGCAUUCAGCCUAUGCAAGUUUUACCUAUAUGCUGUUUCAAACUGGCAUUUACUAUCAAGUCAGACAUGGUGCACAUUGAUACACAAUAGCCUUGGCCAACACAGGACAUGAGCACUUGGUGAGAGAGGCCUCAAUGCUUUGGCCAUAUUCUCAGGAGCCUUAUCUCCAGCACACAUUUACCGGAUUACCCAGUGUAAAGGCCAGAUCACUCAAAUGAGACACUAUGCUGGCUUUUAUGUCAUGCAAAAGCGAAAGUGUCAAUCAAGAGCUUCAGCUGCCCCUCAGUACUGGUGUCACAUGGUCAAUUUCCAUCGCAAUCAUGCCUUAUCUGGAUUGAGUGCUGCUACACGGUCACCUUUGAUCCCGAUCUUGCUUGAUCCAAAUACAGGUUAUUGCGAUUCAUGCACCAUGAAUGAGCUUUAAUUGUGAUCGUAGGCUGACAUCCGUGCCGUCUAGCUCAGCAUGCAAGAAAACGCUAACAUUAAAAAGCAAGAACAGAGUAAUAAAAAUGCCUAAAAAGGAUUUUUAUAAGCAAUAGUGUAUAUUUUUUUGAAAGAUAUAAAUUUUUAUUAUACAUAUCUUACAGUGCUUUGAACCCACUAACGACACCAUGUGGGCUUAAGCUCACCCAAACUUGAUCCAGAUCAUUGGACCACGUUGCAGCAAUAAUUUUUGAUUGCAGUUAAGACAUUCAAUCUCCAUCAGGCCUAGUUGCGAUCAAAAAUUACCUAUGACGCCGGUAUAAACUUUGUUCUUUCAUUGGUCCAUUCCCAGCCCUGACAAGCCUUUUUCCAUCAGUUUCCUCAUGUCAAUGCAAACACCUUAGAAAAUAUUAAAAUAACAAUGUAAGCAACAAGAAAGGAGGACACAAAAAACUAACAUUAACAGCUACAUUCAAUGACUGAAGUCAUUGGAAGCAGCAUAAGACUAUGCAUAAUAAUAUAAGACCAAAUGCAGGAGAUUUGUGACAAGAGAUUGUCUGUCUUAGUGAUCCAGGUGUGACACUACUGUGUGACAGGCAUUUCCCACCCUCAGAAAUUCCAAUAAGUCUGUAUGUUGGCUCAUCAUUAGGCGUGCUUUGGAACUGCACUGACCUCAUGAUUUCAUAGGUGCACUGGUGCUAAAAACCAGAGCAUACAACGAAGUCUCGUCAAGUGUUGCACAUCGAGCUGCAACAUCUUGGUUUCACGUGCAGAAUCUCUAAAACUGCAUGAUCGUCAAACAUAAUUGCUGGCAAACUUACUUUAUACUGUACACUUGAAACCCUUAUGUACUGACCCUUACAUUUUAAAACUGAGUUUGUGACUAAAAGAGGAAAAGAGCUGCGAAUUCGGACAGGAUGUGAGUCGCAGUUCUUUUUCUCUUUUAAACAUGUCGAACUGACUGGCCCAAAGUUCCCCCUCUUGAACCUGAGUUGAUGACACUUGUUUCAGCAUACCAGUCUUUUUUUUUUAAAUUGAAAAUGUGGAACUCUGGUCAUGUCUGUAGCUUGGUCGGUCAACCAUGAGAUGUCUUGAAAUACAAAUGGGCAGCUCUUUUGGUGAUGGUAUGCUAUAGCAGGCUUUCCGUUUUGUAUCCACAAAGCAUGUCAGUCAUUUUGCUGUGAAAUCGGAGAGACAUGUAUUAGCUCGCCUGUGAUGCCACUGCCUUCACUGCGCAGGCGGCAUGGGAAUACUGUGCUUAGCUGAUGUCAAGUGGAAGAGCUCGUGAAAGUAGACAAAAAUACGUCCAUAGCCAAUGUGUAAUCUGCUUCACACUUUAUGUUGAAGACUUUCUUCAACAAAGUGAGCUUAUCUGGAGAGGAAGGAAAACAUCACUUCAUAUUCAUAUGCAAGCUGAUGCCAUCCUAUUCAGUGUCUUUAUUAAUGUUGCUGCAGCAGGUACCCCAGAGAGUACUUGUUUCUGUAGUGACAGAACUCUGGCAAUGACAUGUUAGAUAGGGGCAGGGGGGAUGAGCCUCCCCCCCUCGGAAAUCUCGGGUGGGGGCUAAUUUAUCUCUAUUACUGCAAUAAGCUUAAUUAGCCUGCAUUUUUCUCCCGCUUUGAUACAUGUGCCACUCCACAUUGAAGCAUAGAACUUUCACUGCCAUUGGAACCCUGCAUUUAUGAAACUUGAGAUGUGACACCGAGCAGGGCGACCACUGCUAAAAAAAUAGAUGUGUGCAUAAGAGACUUCUUUAAGAACUUCAAGUGGGCACUUGUUCUAGUACAUUGUAUUGAAUGUUGCGUAAAUAAGAGUGCCAGGCAUUAGAUAUGUGUUCUUUGCUGCACAUUGUUCUGCUUAAAGCACCGUCAUGCCUGACACAGGACGGGGACGAGCGGCUGCCCUCUCUUGUGUCUGUUGUGUGAACGCUGCGGCUGUGCACCAGGUGUCAACCAACUAGCCCGAGAACGGGUUCUGCUAAAACAUUGUUCUUCUUGGCACAAUGCAAGCAAUGUGAAGCAGAGAGAGACAAGUGUCACUGUCUUAUUCAUAGCGCAACACCCGAUUUGUACAAAUUGCCUGCCUAUUUCACCCAUGACAAACCUAAAUGCACUUUGCACAUGACAAUGACAGGCAAAAUUUGUAAUUUUGCUGCAGUGACCAUUCUAUCAUUCAAAUGCCAUCUGCCAUUGUUAAGGCAAAAUACAAUGUGGCAUUUUGCUGUUACAGUGAGAGAUGGCACUAUUGUUCCACUGCAGUGAAGUUUCCCUUCUGUUUUGUUUGCCGUGUAGAACACAUACUUCUAAUUUAUUGUUGACGAGACAGCCAGUUAAUUCACCCAAACAUAAUAUUAAUUUAAUUGACAGAAAAGCUGCAAAAUGCCUCCUCUAAGUGUAAUUUGGCUGCAAUUUACCCAGAAUAGCUAUGUGUACCUGUUGUUAUUUGUGCAACUUUCUGCACUUACUGCUGCUUCUGGUAUAGAGCCAAGUUCUUAAACACAUUAUAUGUGACGUAUGAACUGUGUGACAUCAUCUUCAAGUUAGUUCUACAUGCGUAUUUUUAGCAGCGUGCAGGUAGAGACAGCCAGUUUUGCAGCAAGUUUUGUCACGAAUGACAGCAGUAGUGUGCGCACAACCUUUGUUGACACGGAACAUUUCUGGUUAUCUGUAAAGUUUGCACAUGAAAAAUGUCAUUGUAUCAUCGCAUUUAUUUUUACUGUUACAGACUCUACAAUUAAGUCUGCCCAAUGAAUUUUAAGAGCUGUGCAAGAUAUUCACUUUCGUGGCAUUCAGCUCGCUCAAGAAGCAGUGUGUAAAAUCGUCUCGACGUGUGUUAGUCCUGCACAAUCAUGGCCACUGCUAAGCAGCACAAACAUGCUCAACUGUAAAACCAAUUGCACCAACUUGCCCCAGAAGAAGUUUUGUUAUUAUAAUGCUCAAUUGUGAUGUGGCAGUAAUGGUUGAAGCUGCUAGAUGAUCUGACUUGUCUAAUGCACUUUUCAUUUGGAACCACUUGUCUCUGGCAGCAUGCAUUGUGCUAUGUGCACAUUCUGCCAGCAGGAAGAUGCCUCUUUGAGACUGCCAUCCUAAGUGAAUACCAUCAGCACAGUUGUGCCAACCUUUAUGUCACAAUUGUACAUAGCAAGUCAUAAUGAUGACAUACUAGGCCAGUGCCUGCAGUGCCAGCCAGUAUAAUAAAAGGAAAGGCACUGCUACUACACAUGCAUUGAAUAACAAGCACUUGUAUACACAUUCGUGUGAUUGACGAGUUGUCCUCUGGCAUUAGAUGCCAGCUGCAUAAGGUUGCUCACUGGCAUAUUCUCCUUUCAACGUGCAACCACCUAGGUGCAAGUACGAAGGUGCCAUCAACGCUGUCAUUUCACUGGUAUCGCUGGCCAGCACGUAGGCACUGCUCUAUAUAGACACUGUACCAAUGACUAUGCAUUCCAGAGUUACUUUAUUUCUCGUGACUAGUCUCUGUGCUCAUUGUUAGCAAAAAAAGAAACAUUAUUUAUUGAAAUGUCUCAGAAAACAUUAGUGUGUGCAUGUGUGAAGUUGUUUGUGGCUUGAAUGUAAUUGAUUAAUGACUGCGUAUUGAGGGCAUUGCUUCAGUAAAUGCCAUGAUUCUUAUGUGUUUUAUAAUGUAUGUAGUAGUGCUAAUAGCCUCUUCACUUGUUUUCAUGCCUUUAAAUUAAGUGACGGGAAUAAAUGCACAAUGCUAAAGGGCAACUCCAGAGUCUGCAGUUUCACAGAAAGAUUUAUCGCAUGCUUUGUCCUUAACAGCAGUGUGCCAUCUUUUUGUUUUGUUUGCAAUAAAUUUUAAAGAGGUGCCA